AUGGACUUCUCGGAGAAGCAUACUGACGUGCCCACUAGCAUCGAGAAGAAUGCCCAACAGAGCUCCUUGGCUUCGAGUAUCACAGGGGGCAUCAAUGAGAAGGCCUUAUUACGAAAACUGGACUAUCGUCUGCUUCCGCCUCUGACAAUUCUCUACCUCCUCAGUUUUUUGGAUCGUUCGAACGUAGGCAAUGCUCGUCUAGAAGGAAUGACCGACGAUAUCAAGAUGUCAGGAAACCAGUACCUCACGGGUCUGACUCUGUAUUUUGUUGGCUAUGUGCUUUUUGAGAUUCCAUGCAAUGUUGUGUUGAAGAAGACCACUCCUAGAAUAUGGCUUCCCACUCUCACCCUGAUCUGGGGGACAGUCGCCACACUCCUGGGAAUUGUACAGAACUACGAGGGGUACUUAUCUUCUCGGUUCUUCCUUGGUGUCGCAGAGAGUGGACUCUUCCCCGGUGUGGUAUUCUACCUGUCCAUGUGGUAUAAGCGGAAUGAGCAACAUUAUCGCGUGGCUUUGUUUUUCAGUGCUGCUUCGCUGGCAGGUGCCUUCGGUGGCAUCCUGGCCUGGGCAAUUUCCCAUAUGGAAGGUGUGGGGGACUUGAAUGGCUGGCGAUGGAUCUUCAUUCUGGAGGGACUGUUGACGGUCGUCGUUUCCAUAAUCGCCUAUUUCUGGGUGUACAACUACCCGUCAACAGCUGAGUUCCUAUCAAAGGAAGAACGGGAGUUCAUUUACUUGCGCCUGAAGAACGACAGCGAUGCCAUGCAGGAUGAGGAAUUCACUUGGUCAGCAGUUUUGGACGCAUUCAAAGACCCGAAAGUCUGGCUGUACGGACUCGGUUUUCACACCAUGUCCUUGCCAUUGUAUACCUUAUCACUCUUUCUUCCGACAAUCAUCAAGGAACUCGGAUACUCAGCUGCGAAGGCCCAACUGCUUUCUGUGCCGCCAUAUGCGGUCGCGUUCUUUUUGACGAUCGGCGUUGCGAUAGCCUCCGAGAGAACUCACAGUCGUGCACCGUUCAUCAUGGGUUCAUCCGCUCUUGGAUGCAUCGGAUAUAUCCUUCUACUGUCAGACCACCGUCCUGGCGUAUCUUAUGUAGGAACGAUCUUCGCUGCAGCUGGCAUAUAUCCAGCUGUGGCCAUUGUGCUGUCUUGGCCAGCCAAUAAUGUGUCUGGGCAGACGAAACGCUGCAUUGCCAAUGCGAUGCAGAUUUCAAUUGGCAAUUUGGGUGCGGUCCUUGGAACACAGCUAUAUCGCACGGAAAGUAGCCCACGAUACUUCCUAGGGCAUGGAUUUGCCCUCGGAUACCUGGUGGCCAAUAUCAUGGUAGUGGGAAUCCUCUGGUUGGUUCUCCGACGGGAGAAUGCCAACAAGGCGAGUCUGAGGGAAGCGCAGGGACUUCGACCAUUGAUGGGAGACGUAGGCGAUGCAGGCGAAUUCCAAGGAGACAAAGAUCCUCGAUGGGUGUUCCAAACCUAG